CAAGGAGCCAAGGGGCAGCACACAAACCAGGCGGCGGGGAGAUAAAGCGGGGAGCGAGGGAGCGUGGUUGAUGGAGGCACACGCUCUGUGCCCGGCUGGAGGAAUGUCCUGGUUUCCCUCGUGAUUGGCUGGGGAAUGGAGGAGUCAGUUUUCACGGGGGUUGAUCAAAAAGUUUCCUUUUGCUUUCCAAAGUUGCUGUCUGAGCAGAGGCACCGGGAAGAGGAGGCCGGUGGCUGUAACGUUCCUUGGGAAAGCUACUUCAAUGAAAUGAGAAGGCUUCUCUGCCCGGGGAUACACAGCCCAGAGCAGACGCCGAGAAGCUGCUUUCCUCCCUUUCUCUCCCAACUCCUACUGGAGUUGAUCAGCUCUCCCUUCUGGCAUGCGUCUCAUCUCUCAGGAUACGAUGUCACAGUAUUCUACUAACUUUCUCUUGCUUCCCAUACCAGAGUACCCGGUGCUAGACUGCGUGCCCAACAAAAUCAUCAAGCUCGUGGUGCUGGGUGGCAGCAGCGUGGGCAAGACAGCCCUGGUUGUGCGCUUUCUCACUAAGAGAUUUAUUGGAGACUAUGAAGCCAAUACUGGUGCUUUGUAUUCAAGAAAGUUCACCAUAGAUGGGGAACAGAUCUCCCUACAGGUGCAGGAUACUCCCUUUGUUUCACUGGAGGAUGACACUGACAGCAUAUGUUGCCAAGAGCAGAUAAACCGUUCAAUCUACUGGGCAGAUGGCUUCGUUUUUGUUUACUCCAUCACAGAAUAUGAGAGCUACCGAGUCAUCCGGCCCCUAUACCAGCACAUCCGCAAGAUUCACCCAAAUGCUAACAUUCCCCUGCUUCUGAUGGCAAACAAAGGAGACCUCCUGCGAGCCAGGCAGGUGUCCUCCAAAGAAGGACUCCAGCUGGCAAGUGAACUGGGAGGUACUUACUACGAAGUCUCAGCUCGGGAGAACUGUGAGGGAGUGCAUGAAGCCUUCCAGCAGCUCUGCCAGGAGGUCAGCAGGAUGAUCGGGAGCUGCAACGGAGAGAAACGAAGAGGCCUCCACCUUGUCCGACCCAAGUCUCCAAACAUGCAGGACUUAAAGAGACGUUUGAAACAGGCUCUGACUUCCAAAGGGAAAUCUGCCACUACGCUUUGAUGUAGCUGCCAGAAAUUGGUUUCUACAUCCCUGAAAAAAAAGGCAAGAAAAUAAGCUGGUAGUAAGGGGCAUCAGCAAUCAGAUUGUGUGAAAGGUUCUUUCAUAUUGUCUACACAUCUUCCUUAAAAGUCCCAUAUUCAUUCAGCAAAGGAACUUACAGAGUGUGCUCUUUGGGGCAAGAAUUUAGAAACUGUGAUUUAAAGAAUAGAUUGUCGCAAAUUAUUUCUGUUUCAAAAUGGACACAGUCAUACAGUUUAGGCUUAUAAUGUAGAUUUUAAUAAUAAAAUAAUUAAAUUCUACUAUUAAGAGAAGUGGCUUCUCUUGAGGGUGGUUGUGUUCCUAAGCAUAGGCAAUAAGCUACAGAAGGACACCAGGAGAGCGACAGGAGCUAUAAUGACAAGCAAAACUUAACAGAUUUGCUUAGUCAUCAGACUGGAAAAUAAAGGCAAAAAGUAAUUUUUUUUAAAAGUAAUAAUUCAGAAACUGCCGUUUAGAAAGUUCUUAGGAACUUGGAGAGUGAUUUGCAAGCUUAUACAGUGUCUCUUUAAAGGGAGAUUUCAAAAAAUGUCAUUUUUUCAGAUUACUUUUCUUUAAACACUUGUUAUUUACGGAAGUGAUUAUAUGGGCAAAAUACUUACUUUUA